CUAUUGCUCGCAGUGAUGUGAUGACGUGAGCUUCAAUUGUUUUUUUUCUAAAUUUCGGAUGUGUGUGACUUCGAAUGUUGAGUUUCGCUUUUUGAAUUUUUGUUGUGGAUUUUAUUUUUGUGAAUUUUUCACUUAAGCCGAGACCAAGCAAAAACUAAACGACGCUAGAAACUUUAUGAUGGCGGAUAAACCGUAUCAAGAUUGGAAGAAACUAGUAUGAAGGGAUAUGAAACAAGAUUACAUCUAUGAGAAACCGCAGAUCAAGAGCGGUUCAGGAAGUUGUGGAAGGAAGCAUUAGUGAAGACAGACGACGAACGUGAAAAAAUCGGAAGUGACACAACACUAUAUUUGGGAAAGACAACUUUGACGGUGAUUUACUUGGCGAUAAAAGGAAUAAAUUUAACUCAAUUAGACCGGUUGGUGAAACGAAUAGUCUAGACACAGAAUUGCACUCUCGAUACAGACUUCCAAUCGCAACACUAUAAUCUAAAAUUGAUCGAAUAGAUCGAAGAAAGGAAAAUCGUUUAUCGUUAUUGGCAUCACUCAUUGUUUGCAACAUACUCGCAGAAAGAAAAUAUAACUCGAUGAUUUACUAGAGAAAGCAAAUAAUACUGCCAAUAGAAAUUAUACUGACGAACUCAAAGAAGUUCUCAAGAUUAUUAAAUCAUCAAACCAAGUGUCAGCUUGUUAAGUAAUUGAGCAUCAUCACAAUGAAAUGCUAACAUAAUAACACAGAAAAUUAAUACCUGUAAGAGAACCUAUAAUCAUUUCGACAAAAUUACUAUUUGCGGUUGAGAUUCUCUAAUAGCUUUUUGCUUUGAUGAAAUCUUCGAAGAUAAAGACGAGACGAUUGCAUUUGUAACGGUAAAUGUAAUUUUGCACGGUGUAACCUUUGCUAAGGUUGUAAGAAAUGACGAUGGUAAUAUGAAUCGUAAUAAAGAAAUAGUUUUGUUAGUACCGUGAAAGAGAAACAUGGUUAUGGAAUAAAGGAAAGUGAUUCGGAUUAGUGAAGAAGUGGAGUGAACGAGCACAGGUAGGCGGUGCCUUGGACAAAUGUAUUUGGCAGGUAAAGUUCGCGAGAAGCACGAUGACGAGGCGAAAAAGUGUGUGUUUAAAGUGGACUUUAGUUUUAUUAGUAGUUGUAGUUUGUCCGUCUGUGUACACGCGACCUCAAGAAAUAACACCUACAGAAGCAGCUAUUAAGACAGAUAAUGAAAAUCGUUCAUAUCCACCAAUAAGGAGCAGCACGAAAGAACCAGUAACCGUCCAAGAUGCUAAAGCAUCAUCAACGAAGCCUGAAGAGUCAUCCCGUGAUGUUAAAUCUAAAGCUCCCAUACGAGACUCCAUAGAAAUGGUGGCCAUCCAACUCUUGGAUAAACCAAACAAUACUGCAGAUGCACAGGUCGUUUCAGAUACUAGAAUACCACCCAAGCUAAAGACUCAAGUCAAACAUAAAAUCAAAACAAGAAAUGACAAUGGAGAAGAACUUGAAAAUGCUCAUCCGGGAGUUGCAGUUCCUGUCACAAUGGAAGAGUUGGAUACAGAGAACAAUAUAAGCGAGGUCCGGACCGAAUCUUCGACAUCCAAUGAAGGUAUUUCUACUUGGAUUUCACUGAGUAAUUCAGUCAAAGAGAAUCUGACUACUGAGUCUUCAAAAGUCGAGGAAAUCACCAAGAAACCUAAACCUGCCGUUAAUAAGAACAAACCAAAACGUCCUGCGAAUAACAAAGUAGGGAAACGACCUAUCAUUGGCAGUACUAACAAAGCUGAUUUAGUUGCAAGUGGGUCAGCUAUCAAUGAGAAUGUGUACAACAAAAUUAAGGACACAGUUUUAUCUAAUGUACAAAAGAAUAAGAACACAUCAGCUCGUCCUAGUUCUACGAGUACCACUACUACAACCACUACCACGACAACUACAACAACCGAAGCUCCGACAACGAAGAAAGAAACUAAACCUCCAACCUUAACACCAGUCAUCGCAGUCACUUCUAAACCUAAAAAGAAGAAUAAGAAUAAACAGAAAACUACCACCACUCCAGCAAGCCCAAUCAUCAGCGAGUCUGCCUUACUACCCACUGAAGCUAAAGAACAAGAAAUUGAACUUGAAGUUAGCACACCAGCCACCACAACUAAGAAGCCUAAAAGAAGUUCCACUAGAAAGAAGAAUAAGACUAAGAAACGUAAAACUACUACUCCAAAACCUACCACAGAAGUAGCUAUAUCUGAUGUUAAAACAGCAAAUAAGACAAAAGCUAACAAAAAUGCGAAGAAACCAGCACCUGCAGCAACUGGUGCUAUAACAACGCAGAUUUACAACUAUUUGUCGAGAGAAGUGAUGCCAUCUGUAGGAGUGGGUAUGUUGGGAUUAGCCAGUUUAGUAGGCAUAGCUGGGUAUUUCUUAUAUCCAUUUGCAACGCCAGUACGUAGAACCUUUGAAGUAGAUAAGAGCGAUGAUAUAUACAGGAACAACGCUGAAGAGUACGCUAACGAUGGCAACGGACAGGCGGAAGAAGAAAUGCUGGGAACUGUCCUUGCUGGAAUGCCAGCUCAUGCCAAACAGAAGUUGAACCCUUACGCUGGACAAACUGCUCACAUUAACCGCUACCCAGUGAAGAAAGAACAAGACAUUAGGUACAGACAAGUGACGACUGCCUACAAACCUAAUCCAAAUUAUGGUAAAGUACAUUACGCUCAACAAAAGACAGGUAUAGCUCAUGCUGCUGUUUAUUCCAAGCCUAUCAAUUACAGUCCUCACUAUGAGACGAGACAUGCUUAUACUACUGAAGGAAAAUAUAACUAUGAAAAAGCUCAGGCUCAUCAACCAAGUUAUACACCAUAUCCUGCUGUAGAGCCAAUAUAUGCCGCACCACAAACUGGACCUACAGGUAUGUCAGGUAUGACAGCUUAUGGAAAUGAAAACACAAACUCAGUGGUCUAUGGUGUAAAACCAGCAGCCGAAUCUGAUUUCAAACCUGUGUAUCCUUUUGAAGGCCAGUUCUAUAGCGAGACAACUAGUAGUCCUGCUACAUAUCCACCGACUUCAAUGUACUUAGGUUCUAAUAAUGAAGAGCAAAAUCAGAACGAUAAAUAUGAUGACAAUACUAGUGAUACUGAUAAUAGUGCUGAGUCUGGUGACAAUAAAUUUGUUGUUGGGAAUGUUCCCAAGGAACUAGUGGAUUCAGCUACACCAGCAGUUGUACCAGAACAUGGACCAAGAAAGUUAAGGAAGAAGCGUAGCAUUUCUGGCUCUUUAGAAGAGCUUUUGGCUGAAAAAGAAAAUCACAAAGACAUAUUCAUAAGCAACGAGAUUGAUGAUGUUUACGCUCUCAAUAACCCGAUCAGAAAUCUUGCUCCUACUACCGACGAUGUCACAGUAAUUCCUAAAGACAUCACAACUGUAUUCGCUGUAUCUGAACCGGCUAAAGAAACCAAAACACCCGACGCAAUAACCACUUCUAAAAUUGAAGUCGUUGAAAGCGUUUCAACGAUCCCAAUAAACAGCAAGAACGAUAAGACAACCGUCACAGAAACGUCCAAUGAUAUGGAAACAACGACCAAAUCGUUCAAAGUCUAUGAAGUUUUCCCUUCAAAAAAUACUGAUGUAACCCAAAAGAAUAGUCCUAUAUACUCUACUACUACUACUGAGAGAAGUAUGAUGACAGAAACGACAACUGACUUAAAAUCUGAAACGACAUCAACUAUGCCUUCGUUCCCUGUAACAACAGACAAGCCAGUGACUUCGAAGCCGUGGAACGAUCCAGAAAUAGCGACAUACCCACCUUUGAACCAACAAAGCAGUUUCUUUACUUUCUUACAACGACUUGUUGAUUUCAAAUUCAGGCUCGGUCUUGGCAUUCUCCAAACGACUGUUGAUGCCUUAAGUAGAUUUAGAGAUGACACGAUGCAGAAAGUCACAAAUGCAUCCCGUACGCAUAGAGGCUAGAUUCUAUAUUGAAACGUGCUCAACAAUAUUUGAAAAUUUAGUUCCAGUAUUGAGACUUUUUUGUUUUUCGAAGCGUUAAGUUUUGAAUGAUAGAAAAAAAGCAAACAUAGAUAUAAUAAUGUAUGGUUAUUAACUCAUUUAUUCGAAUUAGUACUUUGUCUUAUUAUCGACAAUUUUAGACUGAACAAUACUCAAUGAAUUGUUUUCUUUUGGAAAUAUUAAAGAAAAAAUUAUUUACUUUUAUUUUCAUUGAUCACAAUUUUUAUUGCAUUUAAUGUUAAAGUUUUACUAUUUUAAAUAAUUUUAAGUUAACUUUAAGUACAGGGAAUAUACUAAUAUACCUAAUUAUAUGUAUUGUUAUGUAAAAAAGACAUAAGAUUAUAAUUUCAGAAUGCUGUCCUCGGUAGAAAAUUGAGGGAAGCCUACUGAAUUUAUAUUGUGAUAAAAAAUAUUUAGUUUUUCAUUUAGGCUAUAAACUUACGAACAAUAUACCCUUAAAUAAUAAUGAAAUAUAUUAUAUUAAAACUUCGAUGUCACAGUAUUAACUUUUAAAACUUAUUAACGUUCAGUUAUUUAGACGAAAAACAGCAAGAAUAUGAAAUCUGAAAUGUCAUUAUAUUUUGGCUACGGAUUAUAAACUCAAACGUACUUACAAUUUUGUAUGUUACCACAUUUUAUACAAACC